AUGCACUUUGAUUUUGCAAAACAAAAGGCCAAAUGCCAGCUGCGAUCGUUUUUUUAUCGCACCCGCUAUGAUGCGGCAGCUACGAACCCGCGCAUCAGCGCUCCUGCUGCUGCUGCAAACCUCUCCACUCCCACACAGACUAGUGGGAUGCGGUGUGGAUCGACAGACCCUGAAGACGACGUUCAAAAACGUCAACGGCACACGGACAAUCCUACCACAGUGGCACUUCGUACUCCCAUGAGUUCUCCGACUCCGGGUACCUCCGCUUCUGUACCAAGUACUGGUACUGACCGUCGCGACGACGUCGCUGCAGGAUUCUCUCAAGAUGGUACUAUUGAUCCCCUGGCUCGUCAACGAGAGCAGGCGGUGUUCGGUGAAGCUUGA